AUCUCAAGCUCAUUGGAUCGAUCUUCAAUUGCUAUCAAACCUCCCCGUUUCCAGAGUCAAUCAUAAAACAACUUCAAUAUGCAACUCCUCAACCUCACCGUUCUUCUCGGUCUUGCAGCAUCGGUUUCAGCCAUUGAUGCCUCUCUCAGAGUCAGAGGCAAUUGCGAUUCCCGCAGUGGAGGCCAUACAUGCACAAACUUGAAUCCCAAUGUAAACAUCCUCUCCUUCGAUAAAUCCGGCACCCCCUUGAACCAUAAAGUUGCUAACGUACCUCUGCAGAACUGCUGCGGUGUCCCCUCCGGAUCUUACAGUAGUCUCGUCUUCUACGCUGUCCCGACCAACUGGUUCAUCGAAAUCAGAGGACACGAGGGUGGUAACUGUGGCCGGGUCAAGACCGUCGACACUAUAUCCGGCGCCACCGAGAAGUGUCUUAACAAUGGGCCUUACACCGGAGCAGGCUACAGCUUUCUCUGUAAGUGCAAAUUCCUACCUGAAUUUCGCAAUAUCUUAAGAUCUUGACCUGGAGACAUGUCUUGGGGUCUGUCUGAGACUCUGAGGAUCUGGGAUACUGCGAUCCUACCAAUUUUACGAAAACCAAGGCUAACUUUGACACAGCGAGGAAGAGGGAGGGCGAGCAGAUUCAAGAGGGUGCCUGUUCCGCAUCGGAAACUUGCACUCCAGUCAAGCCGGAUCAGUUGUUCCUUGCUGAUGGACAGAAGUACAACAUUGUGGACAUGAACACAGGUCUCCUUGAGGAAUUGACUGAGCUUAUGGAGAACGGAUCUAUUACAGCGGAUAUUCCAGAAGUCUUCAAGGCCUUUGAGAUUUCUGCUUAGAUAUCGAUAGUAUUAUGCUAUGGAUCCCUUGGAGGAGUUGGUAUGGUGCGAGGUGGUCGAUUGUUGUUAUGUUGUUAUAUGCUUUGCUGCACGCGCCAGCAAAGUAUUGUCCUAUCUUUACCUUCAGUUUCUUUUUCUGCAUUUGGAAUAUAAAAUACAUCCAUGCCAGCAAAAUACUGUUAAUUAUUAGAAGAA